AAUGCCUCUUUUUCUCUUUUAUCUUCAAAAAACUAAAAGGAAGACACCACAGUUGAUCACUACUUGUUUAUUUUAUGAGAAAUUAACAGUAUUACAACUAUUAACAACCAACUCCAAUCCCACUCUUCUAUUUAAAGCCUUUACUAGCAUCUCAUAAACCCCUUCUCUCUCUCUCUCUCUAAUAAAUUUGCACUCAACAGAGAAACAACAAAACAAAAUAUAUAUCCACGUAGGUCUGACUCAUUUUUCUUCAAAUGGACUCAAGAUUUUCCUCUUCCUUCAUUCUUAUCAUCUUCAUUUUCUUCUGCUCCCACAGAGGUAUUUCUGGUGCUAGUUUUAAUUUAAUAAACAGAUGUGAUUACAACGUAUGGCCUGGAAUAUUAGCCAAUGCAGGUAGUCAAAAACUGGAUAGUACCGGGUUCAUGCUUGCUCCAGGUGAUUCACGGGUAUUCCAAGCUCCACAAGAAUGGUCGGGUCGGAUCUGGGGUCGAACCGGUUGUAAUUUUGACGGUAACACCGGUCAAGGAAAUUGUGCCACAGGCGAUUGUGGCUCAAACCAGAUAGAAUGCAAUGGUGCAGGAGCAAUUCCUCCGGCCACCCUUGCGGAGUUCACUAUUUUCUCAGGUACGAAGCAAGAUUUCUACGAUGUAAGCUUAGUUGACGGAUACAAUUUACCAAUGGCAGUCCAAGCAGUUGGCGGGUCGGGUGCAUGUGAUACGACGGGUUGCGUGAAGGAUUUGAAUCGAAUGUGCCCGAAUGAGUUGCGGGUCGGGGAUGGGCAAGCAUGCAAGAGUGCAUGUGAAGCAUUUGGUAACCCGGAAUAUUGUUGCAGCGGCGCGUAUGCUUCACCUUCCACCUGUAAACCGUCAAGCUAUUCGGCGAUGUUCAAAAACGCGUGUCCGAAAUCGUAUAGCUACGCGUAUGAUGAUCCUACGAGUACUUUUACAUGUACAGGAGCUGAUUAUACGAUUACAUUCUGCCCUUCAUUAACAAGUCAGAAAUCUUCACGAGAUUCUUCAAUGUCUUUGAGCGGCACCGGAAAUGGCCAACCGGCCACCGGAACAGAUGGCGGGUCCGGUUCGGGUUCCAGUUCGCCGGAGGAUCCGUUUCCCUUUGGCAGUUCAUGGCUGCCGGAUUUUAUGACGGGAGACUCAUCAAGAUUUUCUUACUUUGACUCAAAAAUGGCCUUUUUUAUCUUUUCUUUAAUUCACUUUUUAUUAUGAAUUAACAUUUCAUAUAGUCACGUCGAUAUUGGAGAUUUAUGGUGACUUGGGAGUUGGGAUUCACAUAUUUGAAGGAGAUAAAGAAGAGAAGCUGAUGAUAAAUUUUUUGUAUAGCACAUUUUUUCAGGGUUUCACAUGUAUAGAGAGAUUAAUUUACAGAACUAUUAUU